AUGACAUUAUCGGUGCACAGAUUUGCUCUCAGUUGGGUCGGGAUCUGGCCUGUAGUUCCAAUGUCCGUUUAUUUUACCGAAAUCUAUCUGCAUUGUGAUAGCAAAAAAUCUCUUGACUCGAUAACAACUGGUGCCGCUGGCGCAUUAGCCCUCACAAGACUGAUCACACCUCGUAUCCAUCGAGAAGAAUUACUCGAGAUAAUCACCUCCAUGAUGGACGAUUGGGCCAUGCAGAAAGAUAAAAAAGUUCGUUGGAUCAUGGAGAAAUAUGCGACAAUGUCGACGCGAGUGACGAUGCUUACUUUCAUUCUUGUGGGUAUCAUAAUAGGUGGUUACGCCGUUAUGGCGAUAUCAGCGAUCACAACGAAAACAGGACAACUUGACAAUAAUAGAAGUCAGUCUUGCGUAUUUCGAACUGCAACGCUGCAACAGGCGUUUAUGGUGGUUCAAGCGAUACAAAUGUUCAUCACUGGUAUAGUAACCUUUGGUACUACCAGUUUCUUUUUUGGACAGGUCAUGCAUCUGUGUUCCCAAUUUGAUGCGUUGUGUAUCAAACUAUCGGAAUUCCGAAUUACCGAAGCACGUCGCGCGAUAGCCGAAGCAAUCCAAAGGCAUUGUCAACUUAUUCGGUUGGCCGAAUGUAUGGAGGAGUCAUUCAAUGCGAACGUUUUGUUGUACUUGUUCGUUACUAGCACUCUUAUGUGUAUAGAUGGAUACAUAUUAAUUGCAUCGUUAUCCGUUGGCAAUUUAUCUCUGAUUAUACAUAGUACCAGCGUCUUACUCCUUAUGCUGAUUCAAUUGUCAUUUUACACGUUUGCUGGUGAUUACUUGGAGAUGAAGAGCACUGCAUUGUGUUAUGCCACUUAUGACUGUGAUUGGUACGAGCUACCGGCUAGUAUAGCCAAGGAUUUUCAUAUUAUUCUAAUGCGAGCCAGCAUUCCUCAUCAACUGACGGCCGGAAAAUUUGUGGUCAUGAAUAUGAUGACGUUCAAAGAUAUCUUAAAGUCCACGGCGUCGUAUCUUUCAGUUUUGCGUAUUAUGCUAGAUGGAUAA